GCUACAAUGAGCUUAACCCGAGGACACUCGUGUAAUGUCUGCCAGCAACGCAAAGUCCGCUGUGACCAGCAAAAGCCAUGCGCAAACUGUGUCCGAACCCAGGUUGAGUGUAAGGUUGCGCCCCCACAGCCAGCGAGAAGGAGGAGGAAGAAGUUGCAUGAGCGGGAUUUGCUAGAACGACUCAAGAAAUAUGAGACACUCAUGACUCAGAAUGGUGUUGCCUUUGAUUCUGCCUUUGACGAUCAAGAUGAGACUAUUGGGCGACAGGGCUCUAGCAGCAUAAAGUCUUCACAUGGGAACAGUAUCCCCAGCCAAAUACCCAGAUAUCAAGGGAAUGGACGAAGGAAUCUGAAGUGGUUCGCAUAUUAUGACGAAUAUCGAUCAACCGAUGAUUUGCUAGGGGUGUCGACCGACGACGAGCAAGACCAACCAACUAUCCAUCACGCUUUUGAUACGAUAUUCAGUGACUUUGAUACUUUCCCCUUCAUGGUCGGUGGGGCAGCAACCCCAAUAACUCAUCUUCACCCUUCUACAAUUCAGAUGUUCCAGCUAUGGCAGGUGUAUCUACAUAAUGUCAAUCCCCUAUUGAAGAUAUUCCACGCCCCUACCCUGCAAGUCCAGAUCGUGGGAGCAGGGGCGGACCUGGCUAAAUUAGGAAGACCCCUCGAAGCUCUAAUGUUCAGCAUAUAUCUGAUUGCUGUGAAGUCAAUGACAGAAGAGAAGGUUCAAAGUACUCUCGGAGAGCCAAAGUCUACUAUUCUCGAUCGAUAUUAUCGAGCAUCUCAACAAGCAUUGGUUAAUGCUGAGUUCAUGAGAUCAAAUGAUUUAAUGGUGUUGCAGGCCUUCAUAUUGUGUCUUCUCGGUGUAGGACGCAAUGUUGAUCCGCGCUCGCUUUUCUGCUUGAUUGGGAUUGCUGUACGCAUAGCUACAAGACUUGGUCUGCAUGGGGACGGUGCCAAAUUUGGCCUUUCCCCAUUUGAAGCAGAGCAGCGGAGGCGAACCUGGUGGCAAUUAGUUGCCCUUGAUAAACGGAUCGCAGAGAUGACAGGCUCCCCCAUCACAGCUCUGUCGUCUUGUGGGUCGGAGUGUCGGCUCCCUUCGAAUGUUAACGAUAGUGAUUUGCACCCGGACUCGAAAGACCCCCCACGGCAGGCUACUGGGUUUACAGAGAUGACUUUUGGUCUGACCCGAAUCGAAAUUACCUUAGCAUCUGCCCCAGACAGUAUUCGUCCUAAACCACUCAACAGCCAGGUCUCGCAUGCCAUGCAAGCGUCCCCUGCAAAGUCAUCACAUACAGACUCGCCAGGUUCCCAUCACAUGCCAUCUCGUGAUGUAGAGAAUUAUGGCUCCUACUUCGAUUCCACCUAUAUAAAACACUGCAACCCUGAAAUUCCCAUUCAGCGGUUUACUAUGCUGGCAACCAAAGUCGCGCUCUGCAAGCUUCACGUUGUCGAGGUUAUGUGCCGAGGAGUGCCCGCAUCUAGCCUGAGCGAAGAAGAGCGCGAAAAUACUUUUUUGAAGGCCAUUGAAAUGCUGGAAUAUGACGAUACAAUUCAUACCAGUGACAACCUCCGAGGCUUUCACUGGUACACCCAGCUCCAAAUUCCGUUUCCAGGAUAUAUUUUCCUAGCUAGCGAGUUAGUCCACCGAACGAGCGGCGAGCUUUGUGAGCGUGCAUGGCAAGCAAUCUGCAACAAUCAUGAGCAUCGAGGACUUUAUCAUAAUCUGGAUAGUCCGAUGCAUAUGGCCUUUGGCCAUGCGCUUCUUAAAGCGUGGAUAUCCCGUGAACAAGCUGAGCUUCAACUGGGUAGAGCAAGCGAGCCCCCGAAAUUGGUAAAUGUGCUGCGUCAAAGGCUGGCUUCUAGGCCAAAGGGCAAGAACCCCGGAGCUGCGAAUAGAAGCGUGGAUACUGGCAAUAUGGAAUUCUCCGGCUCCACUGCCAGCGAGUCGCAGACAUGUAUUGGGUCAUCAUCUGGAGUCAAAAGCACAUUCAACAUGCCAGAAAAUUCAACAGGGGAAAAUUUCGAUCCAAUGAUUGGAUCAAGCUGGCUCAGUUCAGACCAACCCGAUUGGGAAUACCUUAUGCAGCCCGAGGCAUGGGGAGGCCUUUUUGGAAGUGAUGAAGCAGGAUUUACUUGA